AUGGUGGACGAUAAAAAGCUGACCAAGAAGCAGCUCAAGGCUCAACAGUUUCGUAAGACUAAAGACGAGAAAGAGGACGAAAAAAGCUCAAAACGAACAGCGGAAGAAGCACUAGAAUCACAACAAAAUGACGCUGGCGACGACGCUGGAACGGAGGCUCCAAAGAAAAAGCGUAAGACACGCAGAGGUAAAGGUGGCAAGGGCAAAAAGGGCAACAGAUUUUUGAUAUUUGUGGGUAACCUACCGAAAGGUGUCACGAAAGUCGAAAUACAAGCGCAUUUCAAGUCUAGUGCGCCGGAUGAGAUCCGCGUAAGACCUGAUAAGAACAUUGCGUUUUUGGAGUUUGACGCCGACAAAGAUCAGAAAAACAUACAAUCACGCAUGGACGUGGCAUUGCUGCAGCACAAGACGGAAAUGCAGGGCAGGAAAAUCAAUGUUGAGCUCACAGUGGGCGGCGGUGGCAAUAGUCAGGCUCGUUUGGAGAAGUUGAAGGCCAAGAACUUGAAAAUGGACGAUGAGCGGAAGAUCAGGACCACCAAGAUGAUCCAAGAAAGUAGAGCCAAAGCAUCCAAGGAUGUUGUGGCAGACGGUGUUUCGUCGGGAGUUCACCCGGACCGCAUGAAACUAAUCCAGUAG